AUGGUGAAGACCUACAACCAUAACUCAGUCAUCUUUUCUUGUCCCCCACAUGCAGAUAUUGAAGUGGCGUGCUAUGGCUAUGAGGGCAUUGAUGCAGUGAAGGCAGCUCUGAGGGCGGGACUUGGCUGCUCCACAGAGGUCAUGCCCAUCAAGAUCAACCUGAUCGCCCCCCCUCGCUACGUGAUGACGACGACCACUCUGGAGCGCACAGAGGGUCUGUCCGUCCUCAACCAGGCCAUGGCUGCUAUCAAGGAGAAGAUUGAGGAGAAGAGAGGCGUCUUCAACAUCCAGAUGGAGCCGAAGGUGGUGACGGACACGGAUGAGACGGAGCUCGCCCGGCAGCUGGAGAGGCUGGAGAGAGAGAAUGCCGAGGUGGACGGAGACGACGACGACGAGGAGAUGGAGGCCAAAGCAGAAGACUAGUCUGUCCUCACAGGAAGGCUGAAGGAGAAAACCAUCGAAGAAGAAAUGUGGACAGACCUGGCCGCAGUCACUCAGACCAACAGAUGUUAACUUUCACAUUGCAAACAUUAACUGGUGUUAAUAGUUCAUUGGCAAACGUCCCGGUUUGAUCUUUAGCAAGGGUUGUUUCAGGAGAUGGUAACACAACAAUCUGUCUUCUUAUGCAGACAUGGAAGGAAAGUCAAAUUACAAGAUAAACAUCAGUAUAGUUUCUAUUUUUAAUUACACUGAUUUGAUUAAAUAACAAGCGGUGGCCUUUGCUUAGCUCUUGCUUAAGAGCCCAGUGUCUUCAGUCUCCAUGGCGCUGUGUCUCUGGCUGGUCACUGGAUGAGAUGGAUUUAAAGGAGGAACACAUAGCUCGUCUGUCUCAACACCGGUUAGAGGUGACUUUGUGCUUUUCUCCCCCAGUUUAAGGUUUUACUGGCAAAACUUGCUCUUGUGUAGCUCACAUGGCAUCAAUAAAGUUCUGGAAGUUUUGAACUCAA